AGUCAGAGGGUGCCGCCAUUGCCGCCCUGUUUGAGUCCUGUGUAGCUCCAGGGAGGCAGGUGGUGACUUGGCCUGGGUCGCUGUCCCUCCUGCUGACUGUAGGCCCUUUGGGAAGAACACUGCUCGCGUGUGAAUCAGGAAAUGGAACCAGUGACCUUUGAGGAUGUGGCUGUGAACUUCACCUUAGGAGAGUGGGCUUUGUUGGAUUCUUAUCAAAAGGAGCUCUACAGAGAUGUGAUGAAGGAGACCUUUAGCAACCUGAUCUCCAUAGGGAAAAGCGAGGAAGACAAUAUUGAAGAUUACCAAAAUAUUAGGAGAAAUUUGAGCACUCUCAUGGUGGAAGGAUUCUAUGAAUUUGAACGUGGUAUUCAGUAUAGAGAAACGCACCAACAGAUUCAAGAGCAUAUCGUUAAUAAGUACAUAGCUCCCGGAAUAGUAGUAUAUGAAAACAGUGCAAGUAAAAAAGAUGUCAUUGGUCUUUCACAGUCAGAUGUGCACCUCAGAGUACAAACUGUAGAGAAACCAUAUGAGUAUCAGAAGUGUGUGGAAAAGCCUAUUAGGCAUAAGAAAUAUUGGAAAGAUUUUGCAUAUUCUGAGUCUUUUCUUACCCAUGAGAACCCUUCCAAAGAGAAACCAUAUGGAAAUAAACAAUCUAAUGACCCCUGCAGGACUCUCACUUCUGAUCAAGAUUAUGAGACAACACAGACUGGUGAUAACCUCCAUGAAUACAAGCAACUUGAAACGGCUCUCAUGACAUGUGGUUAUGGUCAGUCAUAUGAAAGAAUCCAAACUGGAGAGAAACCAUUUGUGUGUAAGCAGUGUGGAGAAGCCUUUGUUAAUUCCAGUCACCUUAUCAAACAUUAUAAAAUUCAUACCAGAGAGAAGACAUUCGCAUGUAAAUAUUGUGGGAAAGCUUUCAUUCAUCCAAGGGCCUGUUAUAACCAUGAACGAACUCAUACUGGAGACAGACCUUAUGUGUGUAAACAAUGUGGGAAAGCAUGUAUUCAUUCUUACCACCUUCUCCAACAUGAAAGAAGUCACACGCGAGAAAAACUUUAUGCAUGUAAGCAGUGUGGGAAAGUAUUCGGACGUUCUUCAUACCUUCGCAAACAUGAAAGAAUUCACACUGGAGAGAAACCGUAUUUAUGUAAGCACUGUGGAAAAGCCUUCAGUGAUCCUACAACCCGUAACAAUCAUGAGAGAACUCAUACUGGAGAGAAGCACUAUGUUUGUAAGCAGUGUGGGAAAGCCUUCAUUCGUUCCUCUCAGCUUCUGAUCCAUGAAAGAAUUCACACUGGAGAGAAACCUUACUCCUGUAAGCACUGUGGCAAAGCCUUCACCUAUUCCAGUGCCUGUUACAUUCAUGAGAGAAUUCACACUGGAGAAAAACCCUAUGUUUGUAAGCAGUGUGGAAAAGCAUUUACAUGCUCCACAUACCUUCACAAACAUGAAAGAAUUCACACUGGAGAGAAACCGUAUUCAUGUAAGCAAUGUGGGAAAGCCUUCAUCCAACAUAGGGCUUGUUACAAUCAUGAAAGAAUUCACACUGGAGAAAAACCCUAUGUGUGUGUGCAAUGUGGGCAUGCAUUCACUUUUUCAAAAUCCCUUCAAAUACAUGAAAGAAACCACACUGGAGAGAAACCAUAUGUAUGUAAGCAGUGUGGGAAAGCCUUCACAUGUUCUACAUAUCUUCACCAACAUGAAAGAACUCACAGUGAAAAGAAAUCCAGUGGAUAGAACUUAUACCAAUGUAAAUCAUUUGAGAGUCUUUGUAUCCAGCUUGCUGUUAUUACAAGAAAAGAAGGAAGUAUGGAGAGAAACCAAGAGAAUAUGAGCAAUUGUGUAAUUUUUACUUACAGAGCAAGUAUGCAUAGGCUAUAAAGCCUGUUGUCCCAGGCUUGUUGGUGCAUGGCCUUUUAUUCUAACACUAGGGCAAUGGAAGCUUAGAGAAUUACAAUAUUCAGUAACCUUAGGCUACCUGAAGGGUUUGAGCAAUGCUUGAGAGAUUAAAGCAGUACCAUUUCUAACCAAAUGAAAUUGUCAUUGUACAAAAUAAAAGAAAAGUGUACAUUUUAAAUAAGAGUCAUUACAUUUUUUUCAUGUAGUUCAACAUUGUAUAAGCAAGAAAUAUUGUGAAGAAACAGAGGCAGUUUUUUGUAAACUCUUAGUUAAAACCUGAAAUACACUAAAACUGUAAUAAAUGAUUUUAUUUUUUUGUUCCAUUCUUAAGCAUAUACUUAAAAAUAACUGAAAAAACUUUUAAAAUAUGGUUUAGCAAAUAAAAUAACUUUGGCAUUGUU